UCUCCUCCUGCGCCGCUUUAGAAAUAGAUGAGCGGGGCAGAGCGGGCGGGUAGCAGGCUUCACACUGCAGGGAAAUGAAACACGCUGCAGGUCCCGAAGCAGCAGACGAGCUGGGCAGACCUGUUCACUUCUCCUUCCCCUUCUUCUCCACUUCACAGCGGGACAUCACACACCGUCCGGGAUCAUGUUGGUUCUUCCUCCGAUUGAGUUAUUAUCGCCUUAUUGGAUCGCAGCUGAGUGAAAGAGAAAGUCCACACUGGAUUUGAGCCUACGCACUUGUCUUUUUUUUAAAAAACUUUGCCAUCGUGGAUGAGAUCUUUGCAUACUUAAUUUUUAAGUAACUUCAGCAGAUUUUCUGGCUCAGUUUUCUCCCUCUUCUCUCGUAUCCUUGGAUUAUUCCCACAACAAGGACAUGUUGAUUUUAUUUGUGAUCAGUCUGGCCUUGUUGUCAGAUUCAGGUCUGUCGGUGGAGGUGUUCCGUGCAGGUGUGGCCCCUCGCUGCGAGAGCCGGGCCUGCAACCCCCGCAUGGGUAACUUAGCCCUGGGUCGGCGGGUCCUGACGCAGACCGUCUGCGGCAACAACGGCACAGAGUUCUACUGCUCCUACUCCGACCCCAACGCCAACCUGGCCUGCGGUGCCGCCAAGUGCGCCAAGUGCAAUGCUGGCCUGCCUCUCCUGUCCCACCUGGCCGUGGCCAUGUCUGACUCAUCCUUCCGUCACCCCAACACCUGGUGGCAGUCAGCCGAGGGGGUGGAGUCGGAGACGGUGCAGCUGGACCUGGAGGCCGAGUUCUACUUCACACAUCUCAUCAUCGUGUUUCGCUCGCCGAGGCCUGCCGCCAUGACCCUGGAGCGGUCACAGGAUUUCGGGCGGACGUGGAGGAUGCUGCAGUACUACGCCAGCAACUGCAGCGACGCCUUCGGGCUGGAGGAGGGAAAGGCAGGUGCGGGCCGGGACGGGGCCACCUGCACAUCCAAAUACUCAGGGGCUUAUCCCUGCAACCGUGGAGAGGUGAUCUACCGGACACUCCCAAAGUGGGAGUCUCUGGAUCCAUUCGGAGUGGAAGGUCAGCAGCAGCUGAGGGUGACCAACAUCCGCAUCCGGCUGCUCAAGCAACAGCCAUGUCCCUGCCAGGCCAAAGACCAUGCCUCCGCACGCGAAGCUCUUCCGACCCGACACUUUGCCAUAUAUGACCUGAUAGUGAAGGGAAGCUGCUUCUGUAAUGGACAUGCCGAGCAGUGUGUUCCUUUGCCGGGAUACCAGCCCAUUAGAGACCGGACCAACCAUGUGGUUCAUGGGAAGUGUGUGUGCAGACACAACACUGCAGGUGAUCACUGUGAGCGCUGCGCUCCUCUCUACAACGACCGACCAUGGCAGCCCGCUGACGGAUUGACAGGGGCUCCACACGAAUGUCGGAAGUGUAAGUGCAAUGGACAUGCUCAGAGCUGCCAUUUUGAUUGGUCGGCGUGGCGUGAGUCCGGCCAGCGUACCGGGGGCGUGUGUGACUGUCUGCACAACACCGAGGGACGUCAGUGUGAGAAAUGCAAGCCCGGCUUCUACAGAGACCCCCACCGACCACAAACCGCCCCAGACUCCUGCAAACCAUGCAACUGUCACCCCUUGGGGUCCAUGCCCUUCCACUUGGCUGACGGCUCACCCUGCGACCCCUCCAACGGAAACUGCAUCUGCAAACCGGGAGUAGGUGGGGCCCACUGCGACAGGUGCAUGGUGGGAUACUGGGGUUUCCAUGACUAUGGCUGCCGUCCAUGUGACUGUGCAGGAGACUGUGAUCCAUUCACUGGAGACUGUAUGUUUGGCUCUGAUCUGGACCUGUACAACUUAGAGGGAAACUCCAGUGAGCCGGUGAGGAUCUUCAGAGCGGACGAACUCUUCUCUGCCCUCCACUACUCAGAGAAGUGUGAGUGCAAAGAGCAAGCGCUGACCAACAGCAAACUCUUCUGCACCAUGAAUUAUGCAUACGUGCUGAAGGUGAAAGUGCUGUCGGCCCAUGAUAAGGGCUCCCACGCUGAGGUGGAGGUCAAAGUUCAGAAAGUGCUCAGUCAGAACACCAAGGUGAAGAUACAGCGAGGUCGAGUCACCCUUUACCCCGAGUCAUGGACUGCACGGGGCUGCACUUGCCCAAUCCUCAACCCAGGGGUGGAGUACUUGGUGGCGGGACACACGGACCGUAAGCAGGGCCGCCUCCUGGUCAACAUGAAGAGCUUCGUCAAGCCGUGGAAAGCCAGCUUGGGCCGUAAAGUCCUCACACUGCUCAAGAAAGACUGCAACUGGUAGAGAGAUUGUUGAAACACUGGAGGACCGACGGAUUCAUGGACUGACAAGACUGUUUUUGAUAAAACAAAGCCAUGGAUUCGUGUUUUUGCUCAUCCUCCAGAUGUGGAAUAUUGAAUCACAGAGGAUUUCAGGAGCAGCCCUGACAGACAUUUGAAAUCCCUCCAUUCUCUGCUGUUGUCCAAUGAGAGCCUAAAGCUAGUGGUGGACUUCACAGGCUAAAAGCACACAGGAUGUAAAUUUUGUCAAGACAUAUCUGUCACUCUUACAUUCUCAUGUAGGAUUCAAGCAAACAUCUCCUUUGCUGUUGCCGCUGCAGCACAAGAAAUUAAGGAAGCCCCCUAGACCCACUGACAUACAUUAAAACACCCACAAAAAACUGAAUUUCCUCCUCGCUGCAGCACUUUAGCCUAAGAUGGACUGAGGGAAUACGGACACACAAAGAGAGGAAGAUUAAACACACACUCACCAAUCUAUAAUCCCUCAUAUGGACUGUGGAUGGAGUACACCCAUUCCCUAUGUGCUCCUUAAUAUGGUGGACACAUACUCAUAAAGGCAGCAGUGUGUGUGUGCUGCAGACAUGAUGUGCAAAGCACCCAGAGUGACGCUGAACAAGCCAUACAAGCCACUACAGGUGGUUAAAUCUUAGCCAGUCCAGGUGUGCCUGUGUUGAAAUCAGAGUGAAUGGGUUUUACCCCAAACGUGAAUGUAUUUGCCUGACUGUUUUUACAAAUGUGUGUAUGUGUGUGUGCAUGUGAGCUAGAAAGAGUGGGUGUAUGCAGCGGUAUGCUACGAGCACAGUCCAGAUUCAGUCCAGCUCUUAAGCUUUUCUUUAGGUUUGUAUACACUCUCAAAAAAACAGCCGUUCCAAUGUUUAUGAUACAUUAUGUACUGUAUAUUGAGUCAUCUCAUAUUACACUCCACUGCUGAAUUCAGAAAAAAUCUUGUUAUUCCUUCCUUUGUGCUUUUGUACAGUAUUAUUUGUAUAUAUCUAUAUAAAUAUUAUUGUUCAUCUUU